CACAGCCGCUCUCUGUCGGCGGGAUGGACGUGUUCUCCGGGGCCCCUGGAUCCACCCUCAGCACAGCGCUGCAGCGGGACAAGCCAGGCCUGACAUGACAGCACCGGGACGGGAGAAGAAGUCCCCCCCGCCGCCACGGCUAACCGUCCGCCCCGAGGCGGUGUUAGCUGUGGGUCGAUACGCCCUGCUCGCCGCCGUGUGCGCCGUCUGCUACAGCAGCUCUCUCCACGGAGAGUUGGUGCACGACGAUGUGUGGGCUAUCAUCAACAACCCGGACGUCCGACCCGGCUCCAGCCUCAAGAACGUCUUCAGCAACGACUUCUGGGGCAAGAGGAUGGCGGACAACACGAGCCACAAGUCCUACAGACCGCUGUGCAUCCUCACCUUCAGGUUGAACAUCCUGCUGGGCGGCAUGACGCCUCUCUACUUCCACAUCAUCAACGUGUGUUUGCACUGCGCUGUAACCUGCCUGCUCAUGCACACGUGUGAGCGCUGCGUGUUUGAAGACUCACGCCUGGCCUUUGUCACAUCACUUCUGUUUGCUGUGCACCCCAUCCACACCGAAGCUCUCCUCUCUGCUCCAGAGGAUAAAAAAAAAAAAAAUUCAAAGCACCCUGCCAAGGCAGUAAACCUAGGGGAAACACUGCUGUAUAUUCAUCAACUGCUCUGCUGCCGCGACCACGAGGCUUCACUUGGACUUCGUCCAGAGGAAGGUAAGAGUGCUGUUUUACAUCUCAAACUAUAUUUCUGUCAGCGUAAAGUUAAUGCUUGUUUAUUUUCGCUACGACGAACUUUUCCUUUGCAUUAAACGUUAGAGUCUGAACGGCUACGACUGUAACGGACGAGUCCCGCGACCUGCAUAGAAGGAAUAUGGACGAGGUGACGCACUUUUCGAGCUAACAGCUAGCUAGUAACAUGACAAAGUAAAUGGCGUCUUAAUCAGUGUUUGAAGUAGCCCGCUUCAAAGUAACGCGUUACAGUAAUCAGAUUACUUUUGUCUGUAAUGCAGUAGUGUAACGCCUUACUGUUGGUUCGGCGGUAUUCCCAUUACAGUUACUAAGCACGAAAUGAGCUUGUUCCUUGCAUUACUUUUACGGUCUUCGUCUAUCACUAUCUGCAUAACGGGUAGAUAGAAACAUAAAUCUAAGCUAUGCUAACGAAUAUAAGGAGCUUUUUCUACAACCAGGUGGA